AUGGCAUGGGAUUCACUUGUGGCUGAAUGCUUGGCGUCCGCCCAGGAGCCAUGUGAGCAGGUGGAAGAUGCUGAGGUCUACCGGCCUGAAUCUGACCAAGGUGAUUCUGCGGAUGAGAGCUCAGCAGGUACAUCGUCCUCGCAGGACGGGCCAGAGGCAUGGUGGGUGACUUUGCUGGAGAAGCACACAAAGGAGUAUCACUACCCAAGCCCCAGAUCCUCGUCUCUGACCUUGGUGUCUGGAUGCAGUGGCAUGCUGGCAGAAGCUUUUGCAUUGCAGGAGCUUGGCUUCAGUGUCGAAGUCGUGUCUGUUUCAGAGAAACAAGAGAGAUGCUUGGACAUCAUCCGUGCAAACUUUUGCGUGCGGCACACAUUCAAAGAUAUGUUGGAGCAGUGUGCGCUGAAACCGGCCGACAGCCAGCAUAGCAAUGGUUCUGACCAUGACCAUGCUGAAGGUGCCCGUGUAGCCGUGUGUGGAACGGUGUGUGCUCCUUACUCCGUCCAGCGGGUGAAGCGCUUUUCGGGUGGUUCAGUCAAGAGCCACCUUGCGCAUGCUUUGACUGCAGAGGGUCUUGUGGAAUGGUUGGGACGGGUAUCGCCUGAAGCCGGUGUGUGUGAGAAUGUCAUGGGUUGGGACAUGCCACUGGAUGUGUCUACUUCAGAGACACCAUUGGGGCUGUCCCCGGACACUGUGUAG